UCUCGCCGGCCGACGACUCGACGCGCCGCCACGGCGGCAGGCACCCUGUACUUUCCUGUCCCCCACCCGCCGCAGCUCCUCCGACUCCGAUCGCUAUUUGAGCGGCCGACGCGCAGCUACGGAGCAGGCUGUCCCUCGCUCAUCCUCACGCGCUUGCCGUGAAGCUCCAGCAGCUCCAUUUGACCACUUGAACAGCAGCGGGGUAGGACUGUACGAGUAGAUCAGAGCAGCAUCUCAGGAGCUCGUGUCACGACUGAUCGCCGGAUUCGCGGGAUCCCAGUAGCGCGUUCAGGUCAUGCAUCUUCUCCACCGGUCCUCCAUGAUCGGCGGCGGAGGUGGUGGCGGCAGGGCGCUGCGACGGGUCGGCAGCUCCCCGAGGGCGCCGCCGCCGCAGACGCGCCGGCUGUUAUUCUCCAAGAGCGACUCGAUCAAUAAGAAGAGGAGCGCCACCGCGAAGAGGAGCGGCACCAAGCAGGGGUCCAAGCGUGCGCGGCUGCGCGCGGGGCUCGCCGCCGCGCUGCAGGAGCUCAGGCUCGCCGGCCGCGGCAGGAAGCACGGCGGAGCCGGGGCGGUGGCCGGCGUCAGCGCCGGUGGAGCCUGCCCCGGCCCCGGCGCGGCGGCUGCUCUGCCCGUAGCCGCGGGCGCCGAUGAAGGGUCGGCCAGCAGAGCAACGGCCGGCGGUGGCCGUCGCGCGGGCUGGCCGCCGCUGGUCCUGCUGCUGGCCGUGCUGGCCCUGGCGUGUGUGGUGGCGCUGGGCCGGGCGCCGGCGGUCUGCUGCUGCACCUGCGCCGCCUGGUUGUGCCGCGGCCCCUCUGCCACCCCCGCCGGCGAGCACCGCCGGAGCGUCGGCGCAGUGCAGUCUCAUCUCUAAUGCCGAUGAUGGUAGCAGUAGCAGCAGCAGCCGCCGCCGCGGUGGGUGAUUCGUUUUGGCUGCAGUUUCGCUGAGCAGUUUCUCAACAUGAGUUUGUUGCAUCGGGUGGGGAUUUCAUAGACGAUUGUCAACAUGAGGCUAAAAAAAAAAAAAA